CGACUAAAUAACGUAUCCGGGUUGGAUUAAUAUGAUUAGAAUCGUAACCAAUUCACUGUAUAUCCUAGUUCUGCCCUUUUGACGUCGUGAUACAUAUCCACCAAUUGAGAUUGUGUCAUCCCACUUUGAGUCGCCUUGACAGGGAUACUCCGAAGAUGCCCCGGCCAAACAACAAACACCAGUAACGAAACACUCUACAACCAGACGCGCCAACCGAGAGGAACAGUUGAUAUCCUCAUCUAAUGGGAGCUUGUUGACGCAGAUGGGAAGGUCAGAAUAUCGUUAAGGCGCGUCUUGGUGCCGACUUGAAGGGCGCUGGUUUGAACCCUUCUCACUCUAUGACUGUUCGCAUCUUCAUCUUCAUCAUUCACCAUCACUCAUAAUAAUAGUGCGAUUGGUUCCGACUAAAAAUGGCUCGCUAUCUCAACCCGGCCAAGAUUGGCCUUCUCGCUCUCGUAGAGCUCUACGUUGAAGGAGCUGUACCAAGUGAUGCUAUCCUUCCUGUGCUCUCCUUCGUCACCUCUCAUCUUGUGGAUCAUUCUUCACCAAAAACAUCCGCCGAUCAGUCCGAAAGAUGGAGCAAGGCAGAGAAAACCGUCGGCCUCGUCAUAAGCAUUAAAGAGUUUGAGAAGCUUCUUGGGAGCUACCCCUUUCUCAUGGGCAUGCCUGGACGGAGGUUAUGGGACCAGUUCUUGGGCAAACUAUGGGAUAUCAACUCAUUGGAUGCGCUGCACAACUUUUUCGACAACCUAUCCGGCUUGUUGGCCAAAACCAAGGAGGAGCGUCAGAGACUGGCUGAGUUGGGCCAGCCAGUGGAAGAGGAAGAAGGCAUCAGGCUCUCAGCGAACUCUCCCUUUGGGGCUUUUGUGCGCAGAUCGCGACUUGAGUACCAGCGAUUACGCUUCCACGACUGCACAGAGCUAUGGAAACAUUUCGUGCGAUAUCGACAACCAACAGCCCCUUAUCUCAAGCGCAAGAUCCCGGGCUUCGGACGGCUGAGUUUCGACAAUGUUCUCUUGGUGGGCGAGCAGGAAGAUUGGGACCUCAAGAGCGUUAUGGACUUGGCCUCUGUGGCGUACGGUGAUAUGCUCACAGGAGACCAAAGUGGAUCGCUCCCUGUGAGCACAGAUGAUAUCGAGAGCCUCCUGGAGUUCCAAAUCGAGCAGAUGCAGAAAUUUGGAAACAGAAUACCCCUCGAAAUCCGUCAUCAGUUUCAUGAUCUACUCAACGACAGCUAUCUCAUUCCUAGUCUCACACAUUAUCUCAAAUUCCUUGAUGCGUGGAGAGCUGGAGACUAUCCCACUGCAUUCGACUAUCUGCACCGCUACUUUGACUACACCAUGCAGAACAGAGAUCGUCUGUUCUACCAAUACGCUUUGAUGAACUUGGCUGUUUUGCAAGCCGACUUUGGUUGUUACAAAGAAGCUGUAGCAGCCAUGCUUGAAACCGUGUCGACAGCGCGAGAGAACCGAGACAUGACUUGCCUCAACUUCGCCUUGAACUGGCUCUUCCACUUCGGUCGUGCACAUCCCGAUCUCGUCCAGAAUUUGGAAUCGAACAGCCUGCUCGGUACUGGCAAAGAAAGCUUGGCCUUUCUCCGUGUUAAGGCCAGAGAGACAGGGAUGUUCACGCUAUGGAGCUCAGUUCUCCUCAGCGAAGCAAAGCUCGGACUAUUGAACGGUGACAGUGUGGCUACGGCUUUUGAGUCGAUUGUGCGGAGCUCUCACAUCAUCAUAGAGAGGAACAUGAACAACAUGUUUGGGUCUUACCUUUCUCUCACUUCAGCUCUAUGGGACAGGCUUGGGCUCUCGACCCUGUCGUCAGCGACCUGCGAGGUCUUCCUGAAAUGCCACGCCCGCAAUGCCAUCUUCGAUGAUGAGCUGAAGUUGACUUGCCGACUCGCUCUAUUACUUGCUUCACGAGGAAAAUAUGACGAUGCAAUGACUAAACUGGAAGACUUGGAGGAUAAUUCACUGAGAUCCUGGAAGCCCAGUCAGUACUGGCACAAGUACCGAGGUGUCAUCAAGCUGAAAAGAGACUUACAUCACAACAAUCUCGAAGGAGCUGAACGGCUUCUAUCUCAGAUCCUCCAAUCAAAGAUGGAUGACCUUGAACCUGAUAUGGCGUUUUUGGUGGACACCCUCCACAUUGACUAUCUCACUCGUCGUGGAGAUCUUCAAGCAGCCUUUGCAAAAGUCGACAGCAUGAUGUCGCAGCUAGAGAAUGAGAAGAAGGAUGUGGUACUCAAGGUCAAACUCCUACUCCUAAAAGCCUCCCUUCUUGACAAGUGUGGCCGGCCGCAACGAGGGUUUACAACAGCAAUGCGGGCAGCGAGUAUAUCGUGGGGAGCUCGUCUCAUACCCUGCCUCUGGCAGGCGAUUGGUUCUGUGUCGAAUAUUUUGGUCUCUUUGAAGGAAUUUGAAGCAGCUUCUCAGCUUCUGUUGGCCGUCAUACCCCGUUCCCUGGAGUGUGAGACUGAGAGUCUGACAGCCCAGCUCUACAGCUACCUCGCCGAUGCCAACAUGGGACUUGCUGGUAAUUGCGAACCCAAGUCAGCCAAACGAUCGGAAUACAUGACGAAAGCUCUCGCAGCUGUACAGAAGUCUUUCGAUCAUUACUCAAGCAUCGAAGACAUCAAUAUGCAAUGCCAGAUGAUGGCAAAGAAGGCAAUGAUCAUGAAGCUGACUGGGGAUAUGAUUCUGGCUGCAGAUUACGCUGCAGCGUACGUGUCAUUGCGGAAAACUGCUGAAUCACUCAGUCUUGACGGGUAGGAGUUGGUAAUGGCAAAUAUAAAUUAUUGGCAUGGCUAGAAACGAGAUAUGGGAGUUCAUUAUACCAUUUAUUUAUACAGGAACGGGUAAUAUUUCAGCCAGUCCUAGAGAGGGUUCCUAUCCAAGAACAUGAAGCUUUACGAAUACACACGCAAUGAUGCUAUAUCCCCCAUAUAACACCAAGAAUGCUUGUUUGUCUACCACCGUACUUUUUCGCCCUUCUUGUUCCUUAGCUGGCCUCCCUCUGCCACAGUCUCAGCCUUGGGUUCUUCUGUCACUUCUACCUCACUGGGAUCAUUGGUGGCCCACGCUCUCUCGAUACACAGCUCAAACGGACCAUCAACACGAUCUGUUAGUCCAAUACCCACGGUCAAGACCUUCUGUCGAAGCAUCUCAGUCUGAGGUUCCACCACAAAGCCGUGAUUCGUCCUGACAAAGUCGUUCCAUUUUAUCAACACUGUUUCCCAUUGGCCUGGACGCUUAGGGAAUAAUCGAUGUUGAUGUAAAUCUGAUGGUUCGACACUCUCGGUUUGUAAGUUGACGAAGUAACUGCGGCCAUCUGACUUGACACGCAGGGCGAGGUAGAUGUAUGGAUCAAUAUCCCACAUGGAACGGCCAAAAGCAGUGGGCCUCUGGUCUGGGGAUCGAAAGCCGGCAAAGCCAGUUCGUUGGAUAUCGGGGCGGUCGGAGGGGAGGCGAGUAGAGAUGUUGCCAUGAAAACGGGCAUAGGCGGAGGGUAUCUUGGGGUCGUUGUUGAUGUCGGGGGACUUGUGGAAGUCGAAAUUACUCUCUGAGAAGCCACCGAUGGUCUUGUCAGUCAUGACGAUGCAGUCGCGGACGCUAUCGGCGGUGUUGAACUCGUAAAGAGGCUUGGGCUGUGUAGCGCCUUUGAUGGCCUCGAAGCUCACAGCUGCGACAGUUAGCUCCUCAACAUUAUGAAGCUUGAGUGGAAUCUACCUAUUUGCGUGCGCCGUCUGAGCUCAUCCAUACUUCGGCCGAAGAAGCCUCUUGAGAAGAGUGUUUGUGAGGCCCUCAUGAUGGGCAAUUUUGGUGUUUAGAUAUGAUAUCGAGUUUGGAGCUGUCGCAAGUAGUUUACUAGAGCCCAAUUGGCUCACCGAGAGUCUAAUAACAUGAGAUAUGAGCAGGACCACAGUAAAAAGACUAAAAUUGGCCCUUUGGUCGAAUUUCAGGCCGUUGAGCUAUGAUGCCGUUGUGAAGUUGCGGUUCUG